AUACCCACACCCCCCUCUCCUCUUCUUUAUCUCUUUCCCCGAUCGCCGGGAUGGAGGACUUGGUGCUCCGCUUCCGCGCCUCGGCCAACUCUUUCCUCUCCCAGUAUGAGCCGAUCGCCCUCGUCCUCGGCCCCAUCCUGGCCCUCCUCCUCGCCCGGGCUAUCCACUCCCUCCUCGCCGUCAUCCAGGAGAAGGGGAUCAAAGCCACGGUCCUGGGGUUCCUAAUGAGCUCCGUCAAGUUGAUACCUGGCGUCAGCAGCUACAUCGAAUCCGAGAAGAGAAAGGUCGUGGACAAAUUACAAUCUGGCAGUAAGUCUAAAAAGGAUAACUGGAGAACUGAGUUGCCGAAUAUUGGAGUUGGUAGAGAAGUUAUACAGGAGCUGGAAGAUACAAAAAGUAAGGAUGUGACUUGGCAAGGAAAAUGCUCCGGUACAGUCUAUAUUGGGGGAACUGAGUUGGAGGGCCAUUUUGCUUUGACAAAUGAGGCGUACUCAAUGUUUUCACACACCAAUCCAUUACAUCAAGAUGUAUUCCAAAGUGUGGCACGAUUUGAGGGAGAAGUGGUUGCUAUGACUGCUGCACUUCUUGGCAGUAAAGAGAAGACAUCUGGAGGACAAAUCUGUGGCAACAUGACAUCCGGAGGAACUGAAAGUAUAUUAUUAGCUGUUAAAACAUCACGCGAUUAUAUGAGAGCAAAAAAGGGAAUCACAAAACCAGAAAUGAUAAUUCCUGAGUCUGCACAUUCUGCAUAUGACAAAGCUGCGCAGUAUUUUAACAUUAAGGUACGACAUGUUCCUGUAAAUAAAGAAUUUGCUGCGGAUGUUAAAGGUAUCAGGCGAUGCAUCAACCGGAACACGAUAAUGAUUAUUGGAUCUGCACCAGGGUUCCCACAUGGCAUCAUUGAUCCUAUUGAAGAGCUUGGUGAAUUGGCAUCUAGUUAUGGUAUUUGCUUCCAUGUUGAUCUUUGUCUCGGUGGCUUCGUAUUGCCAUUUGCUCGUAAGCUUGGGUACCCGAUUCCUCCUUUUGAUUUUUCUGUAAAAGGAGUUACAUCAAUUUCAAUUGACGUGCACAAGUAUGGACUAGGUCCUAAGGGCACAAGUGUAGUUCUUUACAGAAAUCAUGAACUCAGAAAGCACCAAUUUGUUGCGGUAACCGAGUGGUCAGGUGGGCUUUAUGUUUCCCCUACUAUUGCUGGAAGCAGACCUGGUGGAUUGAUUGCAGGGGCUUGGGCAGCAAUGAUGUCAUUAGGACUGAAUGGAUACUUGGAGAAUACAAGGCAGAUCAUGGAAGUAUCCAAGAAAAUACAGAAAGGGAUAGAGGAGAUUCCAGAGUUGUUUGUUGUUGGAAAGCCAGACAUGACAGUAGUGGCUUUUGGCUCCAAUGCUGUCAACAUCUUUGAAGUCAAUGAUAUAAUGUCAUCAAAGGGGUGGCAUUUGAAUGCUUUGCAGAGACCUAACAGCCUUCAUAUUUGUGUGACCCUUCAGCAUGUUCCAACGUUUGAAGACUUCCUAAGAGAUCUGAGAGAUUCUGUAAGAACUGUAAAAGAGAACCCAGGUCCAGUUAGCGGCGGGCUUGCUCCAGUCUAUGGUGCUGCAGGAACGAUGCCUGAUAGAGGCAUGGUGCACGAGUUACUUGUAGAAUUCAUGGACAGCUCCUGCUAGUCCUGGCUUCUUGUGCCAGUCCAUACAAAAUGUCAUAAUAUUUCAAAAAUUUUCUCCUCUUACCUUCGUUGCUCAAGGAAAAUGCCAUUCAGCUAUCAAGCUGUAUGAACUUUCCUGACAUGCUCUGUCAACAUUCGUUAUCCCUUAGAGAGGGUGUACGUCAUUACAAUGCUAUGCAUCAUAAAUAAUCCUGGUAGGAGAUGAUCGAUGUGAAUGAAUUAUUUUAAACAUUUAUGAAGGAAUGACAUAUUCUGUUUAGUUUCA